ACCGAAUAAUAACAAAUGGGGAGAAAAAAUUACCUCAUCUCUUUAUUUGGGCGAAAUCACUUCACAUAAAGAGGGCUCCUGAAGCGGCGCGGCUGCGCCUUGAUUCAUUCAUAAUCCGCCUGUUACCAUUUGCUGAUGUUACCUGUUCAGUGAGCAAUGAAGGGACGGGACAAACCGCGCGUCACCGGCGCCGGUACAAAGUUCCGCCUGCUGAUGUGGAAGAACUUCCUGCAGCAGUGGCGGCACCGCGUCCAGACCUGCGUGGAGGUCCUACUGCCCGUGUUGACACUGGCGCUGGUACUCAUCCUACGCGCGGAGAUCGAACCCACGGUAGAAAACGUUAUGACCUACCCGGCGUUACCUGCGCACACAUUGAAUUAUUCGCUUAACGUUCUCGCAGGCAUGAAUUUCAGUCAGUUGUCCAUCGCAUACUCGCCUGAGAGCCCCGUCCUCGAAAGAGUGAUGAGAAGAGCGACUGCUAAAUUAAUAACUCGAAACCUACAAGGCCUGAUACAGAUGAUACUAGAUCAAUAUCCGGACUAUGCUGACAUGAUACCUCCCGAUCUAGAAUUACCGGAUUUAUCAGAAAUUCCUAUAAAUGGAACACUUAUUACUGAGAUUAUUGAUAGAAUCGUUGGGUUAAGAGUGCAUGCUUAUAAUAGCAGCGAGAGUUUGAGAAGUCUGUAUUCGUCAGAAGAAGUAACAAGGCAUGUUAUAGCAGGGGUGGAGUUCGAUGAUGAGCUUACUGGCGCCAUCCAGCUCAGCAGUAACUUACGAUAUUCCCUGAGAUUCCCGGAAAGACCGAGGCAGUUUGCAUUUUACUCGCGAGGGUCACAGUCGUGGCAGACCGACUUGACGUUUCCGGCUUUUCAAAUUCCCGGCCCGAGGAACCCGUAUUCUUGGGAAGGUGGCAAUGCUCCAGGAUACGUAAACGAAAUGUUCAUAGCGAUUCAGCAUUUAAUAUCGAUGGAGCUUGUAGCUGAAGUUACUGAACAAGACUUUUCCAACUUCAGCGUGGCUAUACAGAGAUAUCCCCACCCUCCUUACGUGCUGGAUUUGGCCGUGGAAGCCUUGCAGUUCCUGAUGCCGAUGUUCAUAAUGAUCAGCUUUAGCUACACCGCUGUAAACAUCGUUCGGGCCGUCACUGUUGAAAAAGAACUGCAACUUAAGGAAACGAUGAAGAUCAUGGGGCUUCCCACUUGGUUACACUGGACAGCGUGGUUCUUUAAACAAUUUAUUUUUCUCCUGAUCAUAGCGAUUCUAGUUGUGAUUCUAGUUAAGAUAAACUGGUUUACGAACGAAGAGGGUUUUAGCGAUUAUGCUGUGUUUACCAACACGCCAUGGUCUGUGCUUCUCUUCUUCUUACUAAUGUACUUUGCCUGCACGAUAUUCUUUUGUUUUAUGGUCAGCGGUUUCUUUUCUAAAGGUAGCACAGCAGCCUUAUUCACUGGAGUGAUCUGGUUCUUGACGUACAUACCGGCUUUUGUGCUGCUGAUGGACGUCCAGGUGUCGUCGGCUGUGCAAGCGCUCUUCUGCCUCAGCAUCAACACCGCCAUGGCGUUUGGAUUCCAGCUUAUACUUGCUAAAGAGAAUGCUGGAGGUAUGCAAUGGGGCCAAUUCUGGGAAGUGACCGAUCUGGAUUCAAAUCGUUUCAUGUUCGGAACCGUGGUGGUCAUGCUAGCCAUCGAUUGUGUCCUGUACAUGCUGAUUGCCCUCUACUUGGAGCAGGUGCUGCCCGGCCCACACUCAGCUCCAAAGCCCUGGUAUUUUCUGUUCCAGAAAAACUUUUGGUUGCCAAAUAGAAAAAUUACGGCAGUUGACGGUUCAAUCGAUUAUAACGAUAGUCCAAAUAUCAUAAUAGAAAAGGUUUGCGACGAGCACACCAUCGGAGUUAAAAUGACGAAUUUAACGAAAGUUUACGCGAAGAACGUGGCUGUCAAUAAUUUGUGUCUAGACAUAUAUGAUGGUCAAAUAACCGUUUUACUUGGACACAAUGGCGCCGGAAAAUCCACCACCAUUUCUAUGCUAACGGGCAACACAGAAGUAACAAGCGGAUCAGUGUGGGUGGCGGGGUACGACAUCUCCCAGCAAACAGCGGCAGCCCGUGCCAACCUCGGCUUCUGUCCCCAGCAUAACGUACUGUUCAAUGAACUGACGGUCAGGGAACACCUAGAAUUCUUCGGCAGACUGAAGGGUUUCACGGGCCAAGACCUUCAGGAGGAUAUCGAUACGUUGAUUUCAAAGUUAGAGUUGGAUGAGAAGCGUGAUUACCAGUCGGCCGGACUCUCCGGAGGACAGAAGCGGAGACUAUCGGUUGGUAUAGCCCUCAGUGGAGCCCCACGGGUGGUGCUGCUCGAUGAGCCCACCUCCGGCAUGGACCCAGCGUCUAGGCGUGCCCUCUGGGAUCUACUACAAAAGGAGAAAAUGGGGCGGUCCAUGAUCCUCACAACUCAUUUCAUGGAUGAGGCGGACAUACUUGGAGAUAGAGUCGCUAUAAUGUCGAGCGGGCGUCUACAAUGCGUUGGCUCACCAUACUUCCUCAAAAGUCACUAUGGAGUGGGCUACACGCUGGUGGUUGUCAAAAGAGAUGGCUUCCAACUUGAAUCUUGUACGGAGAUCAUCGGGCGACAUAUACCAGGAAUAACGAUCAAGGAAGAUAGAGGGACCGAAGUGACAUACGCUUUAACUAACGACCAGUCGCAUUUCUUUGAAGCAAUGCUCAACGAUUUGGAAGCGAACGUCGAUACCAUUAAAUUUAAAAACUAUGGUCUUACAGCUACUACCCUCGAAGAUGUUUUUAUGUCAGUCGGCUCGGAUGUGGCUCCCACCGCUUUUGACGAUGUGGAAACUAAUACGUCUGGAUUAACUGACGAUCUAAUAGCGGAUAUGGAUAUGUUAUCAAUGGAUCAAAUGGACAAACAACAGGACAUGCUAAGUGGGUGUCGGCUCUGGGUGCAACACGUCUGGGCCGUCUGGUUUAAGCUGUGGCUGGUGUGGUCGCGUUCGUGGAUGCUGCUACUGAUGCAGGUGCUAGUGCCAUUGCUUAUGAUCAACAUGACGCUUGGGAUUCUCCAGUGGGUCAUGUCGGUGCAGUCAACGGCUAUACAGAGGGCGCUGACGCUUGCACAAGGCUUCGUAGAAACGGAAACAGUACUCUCUUACAAUGGCACUUCGCAAAACUCGAUUGGUGCACUCGCCAAGGCCGCAUACGAGUACAUGUUCAGUUCGAGUGAUAUUGAAACUAUGAAGAUUACAGUCGUGGAGAAUGAGGCCGUCGAUGACUACUAUUUGUAUAGGACUAAUGAGCCCUCGCAAAUGGCGUUUCUAAGAAGCCGGAUGCUGAUCGGAGCCACGUUCGACGAGGACUCUGCCACGGCUUGGUUCAGCAACUUCGGGUACCACGAUGUGGCCAUCUCGCUGAGCGCCGUGCACCAGGCUCUGCUCAAGGCCUGGGACCCCAAUGCCACUCUCAGUGUGUUCAACUACCCGCUUGAAGUUAAUUAUGUGGAUCAGAGCAACAUGCAGUCCUACGUUGCAUAUCUUUCCAUGCAACUUUCAUCGGGCAUAGCAAGCAGUCUUGGCAUCGUGAGCGCAGUUUUCGUUAUGUUCUAUAUCAAGGAACGCAUUCUUCGGGCUAAGCUCCUUCAAAAGGCCGCUGGCAUCCAGCCGAUCGUCAUGUGGGGCAGCGCCGCGGUGUUCGACUGGGCGUGGUUCUGCAUCAUCUCUGUGACAAUCGUCAUUUCGUGUGUAGCCUUCCAGGUUAUUGGUCUCAGCACGGUUUCGGAAUUAGGUCGGAUGUACCUAGUUCUCAUGGUGUACGGCGCCGCCAUGCUGCCGCUACACUAUCUAAUGUCGUUCCUGUUCAGCGGGCCUGCGAUGGGGUUCGUCGCCGUGUUCUUCAUUAACGUUCUAUUGGGUCAGAUGGGUCCACAGAUCGUGGAAGCACUGCUCUCUCCGCAGCUGGACACGGAGCACGUGGCGGUGAUCCUCGACUACGUACUGCAGAUAUUCCCGCUCUACAGUCUCGUCAGAUCCGUCACAUUUCUAAGCCACGUAGGCUUGACGGAAUGGUCGUGCUUGCAAGCGUGUGAUUACCUAUCGGCCGUCUUGCCCAUCGGCGAGUGCUCCAUGCAGACCAUGUGUGAUUAUAACUACACUGCUUGCUGCGUACGCGAAGACCCCUUUUUCGAGUGGGAAGAGCCCGGUAUUCUGCGCUACCUGACUUGCAUGUUGGUUUCUGGCGUGGUCUUCUGGACCGUGCUCAUGUUCAUUGAGUACGAUGUAUACCACAAGAUCUUUAACUGGACGAAAACCCCACCGCCUCUCGACGUAAGCUCCAUGGAUCCCGACGUUGUAGCCGAGAUGAAACACGUCGAGCAAAUCAGCAAGUCUAACUUAGCACAACAGAGCCUCGUGGCGAAGGGCCUAUCGAAAUAUUACGGGAAGCAUCUGGCUGUCAAUCAGGUUUCGUUCACGGUGGCAGAUGGGGAAGUAUUUGGUCUCCUGGGGGUGAACGGCGCUGGCAAGACGACUACCUUCAAAAUGCUGAUGGGUGACGAAAUUAUCUCCAGUGGAGACGCCUUCGUCAGUGGCUACUCUGUAAAAACAGAUAUCAAUUCUGUACAUGAGAAUAUUGGGUAUUGCCCGCAGUUCGAUGCUGUUUUCGGCGAGCUAACGGGCCGGGAGACCCUGCGACUGUUCACCAUGUUACGCGGGCUGCCGACCCAGUACGCCUCUAUGCGCGCAGAUCUGCUGGCGGACUCGCUUGGCUUCACCAAACACCUAGAUAAGCGGGUGGAGCAGUACUCUGGAGGCAAUAAGCGGAAGCUUAGCACGGCUAUAGCGUUGCUUGGAUUCACACGGCUUGUGUUCGUCGACGAGCCCACGACGGGAGUAGACCCUGCAGCUAAGCGACAGGUAUGGCGCGCCAUUCGCGGCGCGCGGCGCGCGGGUCGCGGCGUGGUGCUGACGUCACACAGCAUGGAGGAGUGCGAGGCGCUCUGCUCGCGGCUCACCAUCAUGGUCAACGGCAACUUCCAGUGUCUCGGCACGCCACAGCAUUUGAAGAACAAGUUCUCUGAAGGAUUCACAUUAACGAUAAAAAUGAAAUUGGACGAGGAAAGUACGGAUUCGAUAGCUGGCGCUCGCGGCAUUGCUGCGGUAAAACGUUACGUAGAGACCAAUUUCACCGCUCCCAAGCUAAUGGAAGAGUACCAGGGCCUACUAACUUACUACCUGCCAGACAGAAGCGUUGCCUGGUCCAAAAUGUUCGGCACAAUGGAACGUUGCCGGCAAGACCACGACGUGGAAGACUACACCAUCUCACAGACCACGUUGGAACAAAUAUUCCUGCAGUUCACAAAGUACCAGAGAGAAAUGUCAGAUAGGUUAUAGUAUUAGCUCGACAAUGUCUUCGUGUCUCCAAUGCGGUAAUAGAGUAUUUUCUACCUGCUAAGCUAAGUGCUGCUAAUUGCUAAGUUUUCAUACCAAGUUUUAUGUUGAGAUAUGUAUGCAUGUUAACAUUUUUAACUACUAAGUUGGUGCAAACUUAGCGUGGUCGGAGUCUACGACUUAUUUGGGAAAAUCUGAUAUAACUUUCCCCUGUAUAUCAGAGAGAGGUACGAUUCCUGCAUUUAGUAUACUAAUGCAGUUAAUCGAUUGUGUUCAUAGAUUCAAAUUUUAGAAGUAAGGUAGAGAAGAGACGCUUUCCGUAUAGAUUUGCCUGUAGCUAUAACAGGCGGGCCAGUGUACGAAAAUCUAUGUGGAAAGUGUGUCUUGAUUGCGCAUCAUUAUAUUUCUGUCAAGCUCGCACAGUGACAUUGACAACCGGCAUUAUGGGCAGGACAGCGAUAUAACUAUGCGCGUGUAAAAGAGACAUCAACAGGCGGGUCUAUAUACGAAAAUCUAUGUGGAAAGCGUCUCUUCUUUAAUACUAACAGCAACAGUCUAAACUGACCACCAGUGAACCUUAUGGCUUUGCAAUACGGUUUACGAAUCGUCACUUAUGUGAACGAUGGUUGUUGGUUAGAUAGAGUCCGUCUAAGGUCGUAAGCUAACUCUGCACCGCCUGUGAAGUGCCACUGUAUAGGGUAAUUGCGCUAGUUUUCGUCCGGCUCUAGUUUUCGUCCACUUGACGAAAUUUGAAUAUAAACCUUCAUUGCUGCACAAAUUUGGACUUAUAUAUCCUUAAUAUCUAAGCAAUUUAUCUAUCUACAGUAGCAAAUUAAAAAUGAAAUGUAUUACUUGCUAAUCCGUCAAGUGGACGAAAACUGGCACUGGAUGGUAAACUGACGCAAUAACCCUAUAGGGAAAGCAAUGUCGAUCUUGAAAUCGGAAAUCGCACGAAAAAUCUGAUUUGAUAUCGCAUGUUUCGAGAUCUCUACCGUCAGACUUUGGAGAUCGAGAUUAAUCUCCACGAAAUCGAGAUUUGACAAAGUAGGCAAUUAAAAAUUAGUUAUUUGAUCAAUCCUUUAGAAUGUGCUAAUCUAACUGUAAUCGUCAUAUUUUCAUAGUAAUAUGACAUUAAUUGUUGCACUUCUACACUCUAGUCCGAGUCCGCGCAGAGUUAGCUUAGUUCACUCUAGACUUUUAGCCAAAUGUAAUGUAAAUAUUUUAUAGACGCUAAUUUUAGAAAAUUGAAUUGCUAGAAUUCAUAACAAUCAUGUAAUAUUUUUAACAAGCUUUUAUUAGGUCGACCUGUAUGUAACUAACUGUAAUGGAAUAAUCUAAGGUAACUAAUUUAACCAUCUUCCAAGGAUCGUAGCGUCAUGAAAAUUGGCAGCUGUAUGUAGUUCUGAUGACAAUACAAUAAUAUGGUACUGUGGAACUGAUCUGAUGAUGGAGACAGGAGGUGGCCAUGGGAACUCUGUGAUGAAACCACGCAACCUAAUUGUGUUAGGGGUUUUUAGAAUUGUCUCGAUAUGUAUUAGUUGUCUGUCGGAAGAAAAGUACAGUCAGCGAUAAAAGCUUGUACCAAAAAUGAAAUUUUUGCCAAAAACUUAUUAUUUUUGUCGUGAAUGCUGCUAACAGGCAGUGGCAAGUUGACUGUGGUAAACACCAUUUGUUGUAAAUACUAGUCUGUUGGCCAAAAUAUAUUGGAUUGUAGCUAGGUAAGUAUUAUUUAUAAUGUUAGGUAGAUUUUAUAUGUUAUAUCAUGAUUCAUGACAUUUAUACAUCCAUAAGAUUUAGAUUUCUAUUUAUGCAAUAAAAGAAUAUUGUUAAAAUAUA